AAUAUUCCCAGUGGAUGAGUUGUUUUCUGUAGUUUCUGACCGGUGCAUCAUCACUUCUGGGUGUGCAUUUUCCUCAUAAAAAAUAUUAGUUACCCUCUCACCCCGUUCAGUCCGUCGACCAAACUGAAAAUUUUAAUCACCAAAUGUGAACUCUGCGAAGAAAUAAACUCGGGUACCAGUUACUCUCUACCUCUCAUCAGAAAACGGUUCUACUCCGGGGUUGACGUGAGUUCCAAGAAUGCUGACGAGGUCUGUCUAACCGCAAUCAAAUUUCAAACAAAUUCAUCGGAGAGAACUACAUCUAACUAAUUCGCGAUGAUCUUCAAGGCGUUAAUCAUAUUAUGUCUGCUAGUUUUCCAAUGCUCCAAGAGUUCUGGGGCUGCUCUUGCUCCCACUAUUCUGGCGGUAAUGAACGCAGAUAUGCAGAGCAAUAGCUCCAACAUUUGCUCAACCGCAAAGGAAAUUUUGGACUCAGAGUAUGUAAAAGCAUGUAAUAAUCUAGCAUUUCCUGCAAAAAAUGCCAAAUUAGAAGGAAAUUAUGAUACGUUUUUGUGCCUGGCUCUAUACGACAGGGCCUUUCAAAUAUGUCAUGCUGAUAGUCGUGGUCUUGAAAUACCGAUAUUGAAAAAUAAAUCAGCCUUUGAUCAACUAAUAACCGACGAUAUUAAGAAUUCUACCAUCUUCAGUGUGUGCGAAACUUUUGCGACCAUUUCUCCAGCAACUCUGGAAAAGACAAAGUCAUUUGUUGAAAUUUUGUCGGCGCGUCUGAAGCUAGGUGUACCGUGUGUUGGAAUUUGCGCCAAGGGAGAUCGAGAGAUCAAUCCACUGUGUUUGGUAAUUCAAGCUAUCGACACGGAGAUUAAGAAAGCUGAAGAGAAUAAGAAGAAUGAAGAACAGAAAACGAAAGAAGGAAAAGUUGAUGAUGUUCAGGGGAGCAUGAAGGGGAUGAAUGCGUCAAAACCUGUGGCUCCAGUGGCGAAUCCUCAGGAGAAUGAGAAACCUUCAGGUGGUGACAAGGUAGGGACAGGAAGUGCUCUCAGUAAGGAUCAAUCAGCUGCUGCGGAUUCCCAGAACGCUGGGGUUAAGCCGGUGGAGACGAAGCCUGAUGAGAAGACUAAACCUGCAUCCUCUCAAGUAAAGGAUCAAUCUGCGAAUAACGAGAAGAAAACUGCGGGAGAGCAUCAAGGUUCUCCGAGUCAGACCCAGCAUACAUCUGCCGCGAGUGCAAAGGGCAAGACGGAGGGGCCGAAGACGGAUGACAAGUCCAAGAGUCAGGUGACACCUUCGGGACAGGUGCAGACGGAGAAGCCUGCAUCCACGCUCUCCGCGAAUACUGGGGAAGGUGAAGGCGUUCAAUUGGAGGGAGACGAGGAGUUUAAAGGAGGUCCCCAAGAGGUCUCUCCGGGUGAUAUGGAAUUCAAUGAGGACGAAGACCCAACGCAUCAAAAUUCGGGAAAAACCCAGGGAAAGAACGUGGACCGCUCCGAUCAAUCUGAAAACAUUGCCAAGCCCCUCAGUAUAACCCCUGACGAUGACUCUCACUUCUUUGGGUAUUUCAUGCUCGUCGGGCUCGUCGGUAUCGGCCUCUUUGCUGCCUACCAUCAUAAGCACAAGAUUUUCGCGAUGCUCCUGGAGGGCAGAAAAUCCCGAGGUGGUCGAGGAAGAAGGAGGCCGAGCACAGCGAAUUACAGGAAGCUGGAUUGUACGUUGGAGGAGGCUGUGACAUCCCAGUGCAGUUCAAAUGUGACUCAUGUCAUUUAUUAAUUCUUGAUCAGGCUAUCUCGUAUAAUUCAAUGUCUGUGAGAGAGUUUUGUUUUUUCUUUUUGUAAUUUUAGUAGAUUCAGACAAAUGCACAUAUUGGAGGAAUUUCCCAAGUUUUAUGCAUUUCAUUGGCCAAGGUGUUUGGGUGAAGUUAGUAGAGAAAAUCUGGAGUCGACGAAAUUCUCUUGCAAUGGUGCGAGAGUGGAAUAUUUGGCUUUCUUGAUAUUCUUUUGGAAUUCAUAGAUAUUCUUCUUAUUAAGAAUUUCUUGAAAUUCUUUUAGAAUAUCUAUAAAUCCAAGGAAUCAAUCGUCAAAUGAUUAUAUUACUCCACUACUUGUUUAAUGUUUUCAAUAGUAUAUAGCAUCGAAUCUCGCAAUUCCAAACAGCGCAAAAUUUAUAAUUAACGAUUCCGAGAUCAUGAGUAUGGAGAGAUCUAGUGUAAAUAAGAUUAGAAAAUGGUUAUCGGGAAUCCGUUGAAUGGUUCGACGUUCAUUUAUGGAAGUUGUGUAGAAUAAGUAUCAGUGAGAAUGUUGAUAAUGAGAUACUGUAAACAUGAAAAAAAAGCAUCGAUGAUUCAUACCCAGCCAAUCAUAAAGUAUGAACCAGUAGCUUUUCAAAAUUAUUAAUUAAAUAUUCAUUAGAAUGAUUUAACUGUACUACUUAUGAUAUCAAAUAUCGAAUUUAUACUUUUACAUCAUUUAUGUCGAUUAAUUUUCAUAGAAAAGUUAAAAUCUAUAAACUUUAUCCUAUUGAAUAUCGCAUAUAAUUGUAUUGUUUGGACGAUGUUUUAAUUGAAAUUUCAAUUUUUUAUCUCUUCGGAAAUUCGUUGCAGUAUUUCAUUCCUUUCAUAGCCAUAAUCGUUGGCUGGGUAUGAAUCCGAGAAAUCCAAAACGAUAAUGUAUAAAUGAUUUCAUAAUUUUUACGCUAAUAAAAGUUGAGAGGACCUUUAUUUUUCCUAAGCGAAUAA